UGAUUCCACCAUUUUCACAAAUCUGUGCAGGGGUUUUAGAAAAACAGGGCAAAAUGGCGUCGUUUAUGCAUAAAUUUGGGAGAUCAAAGAGUGUAGUAAAGAGAUCAAAGAAACAUCUAGAAGAAGCCCUUUACAAACGUUUGUUUAAGGAUGGCAGCUCUGAGAUUAGUGUCCGACAGCAGCUCAAUCUGUUUCUCAAGAGUAAGAAAAAGGUUUAUAAGUGGGAGGUUGAUGAUACGCUCAAGAUCCUUCGUUCUCGUAAUCGAUUUUAUCCUGCUCUCAAGCUUUCAGAAUCCAUGGCUGAAAGGGGUAUAAAUAAGACUGUCAGUGAUCAAGCCAUACAUUUGGAUCUUGUUGCUAAAGCCAAAGGAAUCUCUGCUGCAGAAGCGUAUUUUGUUGGUCUUCCCGAAACAUCCAAGAACCAUCUUACUUAUGGUGCUCUUCUGAAUUGCUACUGCAAGGAAUCAAUGACUGAAAAAGCAGAAGCUUUGAUGGAUAAAAUGAAAGAACUUAAUUUAGGCUUAACUGCAAUGCCUUAUAACAGCCUGAUGACACUGUAUACUAAAACCGGCCAACCAGAGAGGAUCCCAGCUAUUAUCCAGGAAAUGAAGUCUGGUGACAUCGUGCCGGAUUCUUACACUUAUAAUGUUUGGAUGAGAGCACUUGCUGCUGUCAAUGACAUUUCCGGAGUCGAGAGAGUUAUCAAUGAUAUGAAGAGGGAUGGCCGAGUUGUUGCAGAUUGGACUACUUACAGCAAUUUAGCAUCAAUUUAUGUCGAUGCAGGCCAGAAUGUAAAGGCCGAGAAUGCCCUUAAGGAAUUAGAGAAGAGAAAUGCCUGCAAAGAUCUGCCAGCUUUUCAGUUUCUUAUAACAUUGUACGGUCGAACUGGGAAUUUACUUGAAGUUUAUCGUGUAUGGCGUUCUUUGAGACUUGCUUUUCCGAAAACAGCCAACAUUAGCUAUCUGAAUAUGAUCCAGGUGCUAGUUAAGUUAAAAGAUCUUCAAGGUGCGGAAAAAUGUUUCAGUGACUGGCAAUCUAAUUGCUCAACAUAUGAUAUUAGGAUAGCCAAUGCCCUCAUAGGUGCUUAUCUGAAUGAAGGCCUGUUGAAUAAGGCCAUAGAGCUCAAGGCACAGUCCAAAAAGAAAGGAGCUAAACCUAAUGCUAAAACGUGGGAGAUUUUUCUUAAUUACUAUUUGAAAGAAGAGGAUUUUAAAUCAGCAGUUGACUGUGUUGAAAAAGCAAUUUCAACUGGCAGGGGGGAUGGAAGUAAAUGGAUCCCACAGACAGAGAUAACACAGCGCCUCUUGGGGCAUUUUGAGCAGAAUAAAGAUGUUGAGAGUGCAGAAAGGUUUGUGGAGAGUUUAAAGAAGUCUGUGGAUGAGGUAGGAGCUGAUGUAUUUGAAUCAUUGAUAAGAACAUAUGUAGCUGCUGGGAGAACAAAUCCCAUAAUGCGUCGCCGCAUAAAGAUGGACAAUGUAGACUUGAGUGUCGAAGGUAUAAAGUUGCUGGAUGCAGUUUGUUCCGAGUGAGUCUAUUUAAUAAAAUUUUAUUCUGGAGAGGGUAAUGCAGAUAAAUUUUAUUUUCCUACAGUAGACCGUCUUGUCUUGAGGUUUCCCCUUUCCUUAUAAAUUGUUAUUGGGAGGGCAAUGUUGAAGCUGAAUGAACAUCUCCAUUUGAAGAUUCAAAGUUAACAAAAUGUCAAAAACUAAUGUCAAUAAGUUGACCUCUUAUAGCAACUGCAAAUAACCACUUUGCAGUUGUUUUGGCUUUGCUUGGCUUACUUUUACUUGAUUGGUAUUGUUUCUGCUUCUGUAACACACUUAAAUACAGUGUCAAAGAAUUACAGAA